GCUGUCGAGGAUGGUGCGAUACCACCGCGCAAAAGAGCCCCUGGCCAGGCAAAAUCAGCCAGAUCGUGGAAGCGGGCACGUGCCCAUGAGGACUCGUCCGAUUCGGACCAGAGUUUGGAGGAAGAAUAUGACGAUCCAUAUAUGGAUCAAUAUUGUGAGGACAAUUCCGAUUCAGGGUCUGAUGUGAAACCAGUCACUGCAUCCCAGAAGGUUACGGCUCAGGGCUCUGAGCCUACCAGAUUGGGCGACCCAGAUUGGGCGUUGUUUGACACAGGUGACCUGCGUCACGCUUGCUCAGCAGAAUGGGAGCCUCCUGAGCACAUCGCGAGAUACCUCGCGCUAAGAGUGCGGAAACCUUUGUCCAAGGAGGGGCGUAGCAAGCUACCUAUCCUUCCAGACUCAGUGGGGAAAACCCCUGAC